GCUGUUUUUCUGUCCCCAUGCAAUGCUCUAUCUCUUUUUGCAUCCUGUCUGUCCGUCUGCACGCCAUGCCCUGUCCGUCCUGCCCCUGCCUAUCUUUGGCUCUCGGCACGCCUUGUGCCUUGCACAUGUUCCCACUCCAUUGGGACAGAUUAACACGGCCCAGCGCUGCCCUGGGUCCGGCGGUGUUGGAGUGCGCAGGAAAAUCUGAGUCACGGCCGCGGGCGCCGCGGGGCCGGUGGCACAAAGCUGUGCUGUGAGGACACUUCAGGGACUCAGGUGAGGCUGCUUGCUUGUCCCUGUGCAACCCCGACCUGCGUUUUGCUUAUGGUUCCUUACAGCCCCACAGCGGGGCUAUGGGGAGCACAGGGCUCCUGUCACUGUCCUGUAUAUCCAGUGGGACAGGAUGGGCAAAGGGCAAAGAUCCUGCUGCACAGCUGGGGAUGGAGGAACAUGGAAGUGACAGCCCUGACCCACUACCAUGCGGUGAUACGGGGUGAGAUGUGGGGUGAGAUGUGGGGCAGUGUCCCAGCUCUGCUUGUCCUCCCUUGGGAUGCCCCGUACAUCUAGACAGGGACUGGGCUGAGCUUGGCUGGGCUGGACUGAGCUGGGCUGGGAUGCAGUGGGCUGAUCUAGACUGGGCUGAACUGGGCUGAAUUGGACUGAAGUGGGAUGAGCUGGACAACAUCGGGCUGAAUGGACUGAACUUGGCUGGACUGGGCUGUUUCAGACAAGAUUGGUCUAAGCUGCACUAGGCUGGGCCAAACUGGUGUGCACUGGGCAGUGCCAUCUGGAUGCCCCCUCUGCAUGCUAUGGGGCCAUUGCAGCCUGGUGCUGGGCUCUGCAGGGCCAUGGCAGAACCAGAAGAAGAUGAGGAGGACAACGCGGCAGCCCUGGAGCAGCUGAUGGCUCAGACAGGCCAGGCACUGCAAUGGCAGGAGCUGGAAGAGCAGUUCUGCGUGCUGGAUGAGCUGGGCAGCGGCACGUAUGGCCAUGUGGUGCUCACCGAGCCCCGGGAUGGUGGCUCACCAGUGGUCCUCAAGAUGAUGUUGAAGGAACGGACUGAGCGACGGGCGUUCCUGCGGGAGUAUUGCAUAGCCCGGUGCCUCUCUGGCCACGCUGCCUGCAUCCGUGCCCUGCCCCUUGCCUUCGAGAACUCCACGCAUUUCGUCUUUGGGCAGGAGCUGGCUCCCGCUGGGGACUUGUGCAACCUUCUCACACCAGGGGAGGGCCUGCCCGAGGUGCUGGUAAAGCGCUGUGCCUCUCAGCUGGCCGAGGCGCUGGAUUUCAUGCACAGCCAGGCCCUGGUGCACCGGGACGUCAAACUGGACAACGUGCUGCUCUUCGACCACGAGUGCCGCCGCGUGAAGCUGGCUGACUUUGGGCUCACCCGCCUGCAGGGGUCAGAAAUUGGUGCCAUGUCUGGGGCGCUGCCCUACGCCCCACCGGAGCUCUGCUUGCUGCAGGGCUCUGACACAUUGGAGCUGGACUCUAGUCUGGAUGUUUGGGCUUUCGCUGUACUGCUCUUCUGCCUCUGCACUGGCUGCUUCCCAUGGGCUGUAGCUGCCAGCUCUGACCCACAGUUCGAGGCCUUCAGCACUUGGCAGGGUGACACGGGGGGACGGGAAGCACCGGAGUCCUGGGGUGUCUUCGAGUGUGGGGCGCAGGAGAUGCUGCAGCGCCUGCUGCGGCUCGACCCUGACCGCCGCAGCCCAGCCAUUGAGGUGCGCAAGUACCUGGCCCUGCCCUGGCUGACAGCACCAAGCAGCAGGGAUCAGACUGAUGGCAUUGAUGGGCUGGCAGUGGUGGAUGGCAAUGGACGUGGAAGGGGGGAAGGCGAUGCACACGGAGCGGUGGAUGGUGGCCCUCAGUCACCGCUUGCCCAAGGGUCAAGGGGUUCAGGGGAUGAUGGGGAGCGCGGUGACAGCAGCUAUGGGGAGGGGAACAGUGUGCCCACAACACCCGCCAGCGCCGUGGCCCUGUGCCACUAGCUGGCACCUCCAGCAUGGCACAGAGGAGUCAUUGGGGUGUGGGCUGGUGUCUUCUUCUUGGAAUGCAGCACAAGAAGGACAUGGAGCUGCUGGAGAGGAUCCAGAGGAGGCCACAAGGAUGCCCAGAGGGCUGGAGCAUCUCUUCUAUGAAAAGAGGCUGAGAG